AUCGAACUCUAGAGUGAAUUAGAAGGUUUACGAUUUAUCGAGAAAUCCGUUGUAAUACCAUUUAAAAUGCAAUUAGUCAUAACAGCAGAUUGUAAAAUUCGACGAAUUUUAUUAACCAACCAAUUUUUUAAACAAAUAUGAAAAAUUUGUAUUUGAUAUAAUCGAGAAUUAAAAAGUGAACCUCGGAAUUAAUAUUAAUUUCGAUUGUUUUUAUUAAUUUUACACCUCUUCUAUGUGAUUAUACACAUUUUUAUAUUUCUUAACCAAUCAGCAAACUAUGAUAGGGAGAACUAUACUCGAUGAACCUCUCUCAGUUGUGAGUUUGUUAACAUUUUAACAGCUGAUGGUUUCUCUACUCCUCCUGUACCGUGCAGCAAACAAACUACGAGACGGGAACGGGUAGAGGUAAGAAGUUAAAACACAGUACUCCAAAUGAAAAUCCAAUCUCUGAGCGCAUUAUAUUCUUGUUUACCAUAAUAUCUACAUUCUCAUCAAGAUUCAAUUAAAUGAGUGAAGUUAGCACCAGACAAGAACGAAGCUCUUGCCCGGUGUGUAAUAUUAAUUUAGUCAUACUUUAACAUUAGUUGAAACUGGUUGAUUGUUUUUAAAUGGUGAUGUGCAGUACGCUACGAGUGAACCAUCAAUAGAGUGACGGUAUUUGCUAUUUAAUUGUCAAUAGAUUGCGUGGCGCUCAGAACAAAAAUAAAUAGAAAUAAAAAAGUAAUCGCGCGAAGUAAUAAGUAAUUAUAAAAGUGGUCGUUAUAUUUAUAUAAUGAUGAAGUUCCAGAAUGAAUUUACGCAGGCUGAAGCAGAUGCAAUCGAAAGUGACUUUCAGCGUAUAAAAGAUAACGUAUAUCUAGACCAUGCUGGUACUACUCUUUAUCCCGAUAGCUUAAUCGAUGCGUCGAGCAAGGUGCUUAAGGAGAAUUUAUUUUGCAACCCACAUACUUGUAAAGUAACUGGUGAUCUCAUAGACCAGGCACGCUAUCGUAUACUCCAACACUUCAAUACAGACGCAACGGAAUAUGCGGUGAUAUUUACCGCUAAUGCCACUGCGGCAUUAAAACUUGUCGGCGAAUGCUUCAAUUUCGGUGAAGAUGCCAACAAUAUGGGUGCUUUUUAUUACUGCCAAGAGAAUCACACCUCUGUUUUGGGAAUGCGUGAGGUAGUGCACACCAACCGGCUGUAUGUUUUAACAAAAGAUGAAAUAUUGAAAAAUCUAAAGCAUACUAAGGGUAGUGGUGAAAAUGGUUUCGAUGUUGAAAUCAGCUCUAAUGGUAAAGGCGAGUUAAAGAGUAAUUCACUAAUUGCUUAUUCGGCACAAUGUAACUUCAGUGGCUAUAAAAUGCCACUGGAUACCAUCGAAGCCAUACAAAAAUAUGGUUUAGUGGAGCAUGGCACAAAAACAGGCGACGAGGCAAAUGCAAAAGAAGCAGCAGAAAGUAAUUUUUACAUUUGCCUGGACACAGCAUCUUACGUAGCCACAAAUUUUCUAGAUCUACGAAAGUAUAAGCCUGAUUUUUGUUGUAUUUCCUUCUAUAAAAUGUUUGGUUUCCCUACGGGCGUCGGUGCUUUAUUGGUGAGCAGACGCGGACAAGCUGUGCUGCAUAAACGUUACUAUGGUGGCGGCACUGUGAAUAUAGCAAUGACGCGUCAAAAUUUCCACGAAAAACGACCAAACUUUACAACACGUUUCGAAGAUGGUACGGUGCCUUUCCUCACCAUCACUUCGUUACUUGAAGGUUUCCGUGCACUGGAGCGUCUGGUGCCUGCAACAGUUAAGCAAAUACCGCUGCAACGUAUUAGCGCACACGUAUUUGGACUGGCCAAGUACGGUCAUGACUCACUCGCCGCAUUACGGCACACUAACGAUGCACCACUAAUAGAAUUCUAUAAUCAUAACGGUUAUGAGGAUAUAGCGCUGCAAGGCGGCGUCGUCACAUUCAAUAUAUUACAUGACGAUGGCACAUAUGUCGGUUUCGCCGAAGUUAGCUGCAUCGCUGCGGUACAUAAUGUACAAAUACGCACCGGAUGUUUCUGUAAUCCAGGCGCAUGCCAAUGGUUUUUACGCCUGUCGAAUGCCGAUAUACGCAAACAAUACGAGGCGGGUCAUGUUUGCAGUGAUUUCACGGAUCUUGUCGACGGCUUGCCGACCGGUGCAGUGCGCAUGUCUUUCGGUUAUAUGACACGUGUCAGUGAUGUGGACAAAGCGGUGGCAAUGAUACGCGAUUGCUAUCUAACGACAGCAGCAGAACGUUUACGUAUCAUGAAGAGCGCAAAACUGCCGGAAGUGCUACGCCAUGUGCCGCAACGUUUGAAGCCGCAGUUAAAACGCAUUUGUAUCUAUCCAAUUAAAUCGUGUGGUGCUUUCGACAUAACAAGCGCUUGGCCGCUUACGAAUAGUGGCUUUAAAUAUGAUCGCGCCUGGAUGAUUGUCGAUGUUAACGGCAUGGCUAUUACACAAAAGCAGUUUACGCGAUUAUGUUUAAUAAGACCGUUAGUGAAGUUAAAGGAGGAAAUUUUGGAGUUACGAUUUCCCGGCAUGACAGCCGUACAGGUACCGUUAAAAAUGGACGUUGCGCAUGAAGUUAAACGCGUCGAAUCAACGUUCUGUCAAAGUAAAGUGUGUAAUGAUUUAGUAGAGGGGCUGGAUUGUGGUGAGGAAGUGGGUAGAUGGUUAUCUGAUUGCUUUGAAACUAGUGGUUUGCGUUUAGUGCGUCAAAAUGCCGAACGCCGUACCCAAGAUGGUGUCUCAAAAGAUAUUAGUUUGGCAAAUCAAGCGCAAUUUUUACUCGUGAAUCGCGCUUCGGUACGCUGGUUGGCGAAUAAGGUGGAGACGGAGAAAGAACCACUUGAUUAUACAGUUGAUCGCUUUCGUGCAAAUUUGAUAUUGGAAACUGCCAGCCCGUUCGAAGAAAAUUCAUUUGAAGAAAUCAGCAUUGGUGGUGUUGAUUUCAAAGUAGACGGUUUUUGUACGCGUUGCCAAAUGAUUUGUAUUGAUCAACAUAGCGGUCAGAAGACUAAUGAGCCUCUACGCACAAUUGCGCGUCAGUUUAGUGGAAAAAUACGUUUUGGUAUUUAUUUAUCGCUUAAACAACCACAAACGGAAAAUUCACUUGUUCGUUGCAGCGAAGAGGUGAUGAUUAAAAAACAGGAAGAGCAUGGAGUCGAACAAUAAAUAGUAAAAAAAUGCAGUAUCUAACGUUCAUUACAAUUUAACCUUAACUACACAUUCAGAAAUAUGUACAAUUAAAUGAAAACUAUCAAAAUAUGUAUUUUAAAGAUACAAAGAUUUUUACAGUCAGGAAUGCACACAAAAAAUGCCAGUAAAAGCAAACAUUUGCCAGUGUACCAUAUUACGUCCUAGAUAAUAUUUAAACUUACAUAUAAAUACACAAGGUUUUAAGAGGUAUUAUUCUUUAAUUGAAAUAUUUACAAAAUAUGCAUCACAAAAAUUGUAAAAAUAAAACAUUUACUAAAAUA